UUAUGCUGUAGGCCACGUAGGGUGAGUGUAAAAUCGAAAGUCAAGGGGUGUUUGGAUCCAAUGGGAAUCAAGGAAUGUUUAUUUUCACUUUUGAGUUGACUUGACAACACUAACACACUUAUUUGAGGAGGUUGAAGUCUUCUGGUUCAGUGUACUGUAAGAAUGAUUGGGCCACUUUGGACGCCACAAUGUCAUUUUACAGACAGCAUGCCGGUAGAGAGAAUGCGUAUGAGGCCGUGGUUAGAAGAGCAGAUAAACUCGUGUAAAAUACCGGGACUCAAAUGGGUCAACAAGGAGAAGAGAAUAUUCCAGAUUCCAUGGAUGCAUGCCGCGCGACACGGAUGGGAUGUGGAGAAAGAUGCUCCUCUCUUCCGAAACUGGGCCAUACAUACAGGUAAAUAUCAACCAGGUGACAAACCGGACCCCAAAACAUGGAAGGCAAACUUCCGCUGUGCCAUGAACUCCCUGCCCGACAUAGAAGAGGUGAAGGACAAAAGCAUCAAAAAGGGAACAAACGCCUUCAGAGUUUACAAGAUGCUGUCAGCGUCUGAGAGGCACUCAAAGAGAGGAAAGAAGCGAGUUGCUGAAAAAGAAGAAAAGCUGAAGUGUCCCGAGGCCUCCAGCUGGGAGAACAGCAACGGCUCGUCCCCGGUGACUGUCAAGCAGGAGGAGGAUUACUACGGCACAGAGGCUGACGGGCGGGACGACCACCUGAUCAUCAACGACCUUCCUGACGUGUGUCAGACCAUCGAGGUGGUGACGGAGAACGAGGAUCAGGCCGUGACCUCCAGUGACCUCCGCGACCUCUACCCCCUGCAGAUCUCCCCCGUCUCCUCGUACGGAGAGAGCGACACAGACAGCGCCAGCGAGGAAGACUCCAAAGAGCGCCUCCAGGCCUCACUGUUCGGACUCGAAGACAAGAAGCGGAUGCCCCUUCCCGGCAUGUCCUCCUUCAUCUCUCCCGACAAGCCCAACUUCAAGAUAACCACCGUCCGAGACUCCGCCCCCUUCCCCGGUGGGACGUCCUGGGACAACCCUUUCCCCUCAUCCCCGCUCGCGCCGGGACCCUCGGGCGCACCGGCGGCCCACGAGAGCCGAGCCAGCGUCAUCAUGAAGACCCCCGACGUGUCCAAGUCCUCCGUCAAGAGUUGCUGAUGACCAAACCCCGAGGUGGACGCGUGGAGAACACUAUCAGCCAUUUUAAUAAAGGACCUAUGAGCUCACGGGACACACAUGGACCAUCCCACGGGAGCUGAACCACAUCCUCCCAAACAGGAAGUGACACGUGAGCUGAAAUUCAGGGAGUCCGUAAGCCAUUCUGAAUGUGUAAAUAGGAGGGAUCGUUGCCUAAUUGCCUUUAGCCGCCCGAGCACCUUAUGGAGAGGAAUCAGUGACUUUAGUAGCUCGCAAUCAUGACGUUUUACCAGAUAAACAGCAUAAUAUUAACUUAUCUUAAGACCUUCAGUGCGAGCCAAUAUAUUUUUAUACCUUUAUGCAAUGGCGUUUUACAUUUAUAGGCCCUGUGAUGUAAACAAUCCUGUGUGAAUUAGUGGUUUUUAUGACGAAACAAAGCACUUGUUUUUAUGAUUUUGGUUUUUUUUUAAAGAAAAAUGUAAUCUUUUUAAUGUGUCUCUUUCUACUGUAUGUGAACAUAAAAAGAUGUGUGUGUGUGUGUGUGUGUGUGUGUGUAUAUGUGUGUGCUGCUUGUCUUGUGUUCGUCUACAGCAGUGUAUUCAAGUCCUGGAUAAUGUGUGCGAUCUUUAUACACAUUCAAGGGCUUCUGUAAUGAUUCUGGUGUAUAAAAAUCACGUGAUCAUGACAAUAAAUGACAGACUACACUGUUUGGGCCAGAGUUGGGUUGUUUGCUGUGUGUCUGUACUGAAGACAUUAAAGAGAAUCACUUGG